AGUGAGAGGCAUCUUCUGCCUGACCUCACAGAAAGUGUGGUGGCAAAAGGACAGCAUGCUGGUUUUCUCAAUGCUGGCCUAAGCAUCUGCAAAAGAAGUAUACAACCUGGCAGUGUACACCAACAUUUUGAAGAUACAAUCUUUUUGUCAAGUCACACUAUCAGAGUGAAAAGCAAGAACUGAGGAGAAAAACCAUGAAGGUAUUGGUUAUUGGCCUUGGAGGUGUAACAAAUGGGGGGAAAACAACACUGGCAGAAAAGCUUAAGAAAAUGCUUCCCAAUUGUGAUGUAAUCUGUCAAGAUGACUUCUUUAAGCCAGAGUCUGAAGUAGAAACAGAUGAACGUGGAUUUAAGCUAUAUGAUGUACUUGAUGCCCUUUAUAUGGAUGAAAUGGUGAAAAGUAUUCGCAAUUGGAUGAAAAGCCCAGCAAGCUCAGGUGUUGUGACAGAAGAGCCACAAAAUACAUGUGACAAUCUGAAAAAUACAGAUGUUGUUUAUAUUUUGAUUGUUGAAGGCUUUCUGCUAUACAAUUAUGAGCCACUUAAUGAACUGUGGAAUAGAAGAUAUUUUUUGACCCUUCCUUAUGAAGAGUGCAAAAGGAGAAGGAGCACCAGAGUCUAUCAGCCAGCAGAUACACCGGGUUACUUCGAUGGACACGUGUGGCCUAUGUAUCUGAAAUAUAAAAGUGAAUUGGAAGAGAAUGCAAGUAACAUUGUUUAUUUGGAUGGCACAAAAUCCCAAGAAGAGCUUUUAUCCAGUUUGUAUAAUGAUAUAAUACAGGAAUUAAAAAAGCUGAGGGAAGAAAAUCAGCAGGUCACAGUAUGAUAACAGAAAGCUUGGGUUCCGUCUGAUGCGAAUUGAAAGCCCCAAGACUGUCAUACUUGGCAAGCCAACCAACUGAGCAGAUACUAAUGUUAUGUGUAUAAUACUCAUUUGGAGAAUACAGUGGAUUUGUAGUGAUUACUGAGUCUGUAAGCCUCAGGUAUUGUUGAGUAAUAUCAACACUGCAUUAUUAUUCAGAAUUUCUUUAAUCAGUCAUGCUUUGGCUGACCUUUGUGUACAUUUUAAAGAAUAUAAACAUAUUUUUGUAUACAAAACUAAACUAGAAAGAUGGAGUUCUUUUGGAUUAAUAAGCCUAUUUGAGCAUGGAUCGAUACAAUUUUAAAUGUUCAUAUACAAAGGACAGUGAUUAAUUUUAUGAGCUUCUAAUCACCGAUAAGCAUGGUUAGAUGAACUGGUUGUAUGUUGUGGCAACAAUAAGUUGAAGAUGGUAUGAAGUGUUACGCUGCUUAUUCAGUAACAGAAGCUGUUACUGAAUAUAUAACUGAACUUACUUGCUAAACACCUCUGGUGUUUCUCAAGUAAUUUAUAUGUUGUUUGUUGCUUUGAGCAGUUAGGAGUGGAUAUUUAAAAAAAUCCAAACAAACCUGAAGAGAAGUCAGGUUGUUGGGAAAAGAUGGGGUGAGCAAUAUGGAGGACAGAAUACAGAUGCAUCGCUAAUGACAUUAAGUACAUAUAUUGUGUGAAAAUCAAGGACUGGGGCGGCCAGGCUACUACAAUAAAUGUGUGUAUCAGGGAGGAGGAAGAUGGAAGAAAUAAUUCUGGUUAAUAGACAUAGCUCAGAUUGAGAUUACAAUAACAAAUGUAUUCAGAAAGCAGCUAUGUGAAAUGUAUAUUGAAGCUUUUUUGUAGAAUUUGUAUAUUUAGAUAAAAUAGAAAACUGGAAAGUUUAAUCAUUUAUGGUGGCUGAGUAAUUUAUGAAUUCUUACAUUUUCUUUGAAAACUUGCCAGCUAGAAUAGAAAUCAAGCUACAGACAUGAAAAGCAAAGGGUGGGCUAUAUGUAUAUAUAUGGGCUAUAUACUGUGUGUCAGCUGAACUGAUCAGUGAUUGAAAUGCAAUGCUUUAUUGUCAACAUUAUUAAGGGUCCUAAACCUGUAUAUAUCAAGAGUUUGUUAAAAGAGUAGAGCUGUGUGAGGCUUGUGCUUCAGACAAAGUGCUUCCAAGAACUAUUUUGUAUUAUAAUUUUGCAGUAAAAAUACUUCAAGAUGGAUUUGA